GGGCCAAGCUGGGAGCCUCAGUUUCUCUCCCAGGACUUGCACCUCCUCCCGGGGGUUAGACCCACCCGUUAGGCGUUUGGCCCCUCCCGGCCAGGCCGGAGCCCAUUGGGCAGCAGCAGGGACUGCAGCCGGAGGCCCCUCCCCGUGUCCCAAGUUCGGCUCCCUGUCCCUUCCUGUCCAGACACACCCUUGGCCAGCCAUGGACUUGGAUCUCUCUGCAGCUCUAGGUGCGGAUCCCAAGAAGACCGCGAAGGGCGGCCUCCCCAAGCCUGCGGAACAUGGAGCCGGCAAAGCCAGGGCUGGCCACGCCACAUCCUCAGACUCCAGCAGCAGCAGCAGCAGCAGCAGCUCUGACAACUCUGACACGGAAGGGAAGCCGCCGGGGCACCAGAAGGAGAAAAAGCCUCAGAAAGUGAAGAAGCCCAAGGAGAAGAAGGAGAAGAAGAAGGAGAAGAAGGGGGGGGAGAAGGGGAAGAAGGGGCACCCUUAAGAGACCAUUAAACAGCCCCUGGACACCGAGGCCUGCU